CAGCCAUGUGGUACUCUCUGAAGCUUUAUAUUGUUCUGGUUUCUUUAGGUUUUCCCAACUGGGUCUACCCAUUAAAGAUUAAAAAUUAUUUUGAUCUUGACUUGCGACUUAUGACACAACUGAAAAGCUAUUCUGAAGACCUGCAAAGUCAAAUAAGUGUUUUGAGUCGCUAUAUAGAGGAUAGACGAGCUAAACUAGCUGAGGUGGGAAACGAUCGAGAGAGGUAUUUGUCAAAUCCUCUUAAUAGCUUCUCCCUUCUGCACCAUUUGCACUUUGAUUGGAAGAGUUGGCGUUCGUUAAUGGAGCAGCCAAUGGCUGAAGAACAAAUCGAAGAGAUUCAGGGAAUGCUUACGCUAACCCCAAAGAAAGAUGAGUUUAUGGAUUCCCUUAAAGCAGCUAAAGAUUUCCAUGAUAAGCAAACCGACAACUUCGAUAAAAACAACAAAAAGUUCCAGUUUAGCCCAUUGGAAUCCCUGGAAAUCGCUCAGUUUGUAUACGACCAGGAGAACUACGAACAGGCAGAAGACUGGCUAAGUAGGACUCUUAAGGGGUAUAAGGAAAUGAAUCCCCAGCAAAAGGAGUUAUACGAUGUUCUAAGCCCCGUUAGUGAAAAUCAGGUGCAGGAUCUUUAUGAAAAAGUACUGGAAAUAAGAAAAGGUGUAGUUUAACUUAUUUUUUUGUACUUGAAUUAUGGAGCUUAAAAGGUCAAGACAAAUAAAUCGCUUUAUUAUGGUCA